CGAGCAGUUUAUAUAAAAUAAAAUAAGAGUGGGUGAGAAAGUUAUUUGUAAAAAUAGUGAAAAGUAUUAUCGAACUAAGAUUAUUAAUAACUAAGAAUAACAUUUUAUAUGCCUCUUUCAUGCCUAAACAGGCAUAUAAAGAUAAAGUGUUGUUAACAGGCAAUAAUUACAUUUUCACUGCCAUUUAUCAUCUAUCAUCACAGAAAAGGACUGUGACAAGCCAUUUAAAACUUGUUAAAUUCUAUUUAACUAGUGUAUGUAUUAGUAACUCAUUUUAGUAUUACGUAUUAGUAUUUACUAUUGCGUAUAGUUUAUCUUUCAAUAAAAUGGAAAUGACUAUUAAUCAUACACCAUUUAGUUUACCCUAACAAUUUGAAUAUUCUUGUUCCAGUAUUAAUUAAAUAAACACUAGUAUGAGUUAAUAUUCAAUUUUAAAGUGAAGGCUGAGUUACUAGUAACUUGUUUUAAUAGUACUACUAAAAAUGCGUGUAACUAGGCAUACUAAUAGUGAGAAGUAGAUACUAUUUAAAGCAAUACAUGUUAAAACGGCUUGCCAUAAUUUGGUAUACGUUAAAAAAAUAUAUUUAAAUGUCCUUGUCCAGUUUAUUUAACACAUGUUAACCUGUUGUGCGUGUAUUUUGAUUCGGAACAUCAAUUUAUGAAACAUUACGUUACGCUAUACAAUGAGACGAGAUCCCAGCUCCUGCAAUGUCUUUGAGAGGAUAACGCUCCGAUACGGAGCACCAGCGGGAAAACCGGGACCCUGCUGCCGCGAAACAUAGCUCAAAUCACCCGCCGAAACACGAUGCAGACGCGGUUAACAGCUUAUUCCCACGAACACGGCUGCCCCAAGUGAGGAGCUUAUUAGGACGCUGGAGAAAUGCAGCAGGAGCGCUGUUCUUCCUCCGACAGGCCUCUGAGUCCUGGCUGUCUGCUGGAGUGCGACGCCGGGCGCAGCGCGGUCCGGCUCGGCUGCGCGGCGGUGGAUUUCCCGGUAGCUGUAGUUCUUCCCGCCGGCGGCUCUGGGGAACGAAUGGGACUGGCCACGCCGAAACAAUUCUGCGCCAUUCUCAACAGACCCCUGAUAAGCUACACGAUUCAAGCGUUUGAGAGAUUAUCAUGGAUUGGAACUGUUGUCGUUGUGGUUGCUAAGGAGAAUCAUGACUUGAUGCUGAAUAUUGUCCAGAAAUUUAAUCACACGAAGGUAAAAGUAGUCAGCGGGGGAAGCACCAGACACAGGUCAAUCUUCAACGGACUUCAGGCUUUCUGCAGCACUACAGACUCCCUGACGCCGAAACCAAAAGUGGUCAUCAUCCAUGAUGCUGUACGGCCGUUUGUGGAAGAAGAUCUUCUGUUGAAAAUCACCCUAGCAGCUAAAGAGCAAGGGGCUUCGGGAGCAAUACGUCCUCUGGUGUCCACAGUCAUUGCAACCACGUCAGAGGGCUACCUGGAUCACUCGCUGGAGAGAGCCAAGUACCGAGCCAGUGAAAUGCCUCAAGGAUUUCUUUAUGACAUUAUUUUCCAGGCCUACCAGCGGUGCAGUGAAUUUGACUUUGAGUUUGGCACCGAGUGCCUACACUUAGCCCUGCAGUACUGUGGCACGAAUGCUAAGCUCAUAGAAGGACCACCGACUCUGUGGAAAGUAACAUACAAGCGAGAUCUAGCAGCUGCGGAGGCUAUUAUUAAAGAGACUCUUUCAACAUCAGCAUGUAUCAUCGCAGGAGCCGAAGCAGAAGCUGUUGAGUUGGCCAAAGCACUUCAAAAAAAUCUGAACACGAUGGAGACAGACGUCAUUCCACGUGCAAAGCAAAGUAAUACAGAGUACCUGUCCAAAACCCGAAACUUCAUUCAUAUAUCUAUGGCUGCAUCAAACUUCUUGGGGGCAUUGGACAUGGUGAAAUGUUUUGAGGACAUCGACCACACUCGUUUAUACCCAGUAGUUGUUGUUUGGGUGCAGCUGAACAUGACAAAGCAGUCUGUCGACAGCCAAAAGACAGACGAGUUCAGGAGUCUGGCCUCUGAAGUCAUACAGGGAAAUGUUCUGCUCUAUGGAAUUCAGAUUGAUCACACCAAGGUUCCAGAGCAGUGGGAGAGAUCUGUGGAUAGACUCGCUCAGAUCACAUUCACUCUCAUCAGAGACAGAAAUGCUACUCUCACUGGACAGCUGCUUCACGCCUGAAACCGAAGCACGUGAAGAUGCGUUACAGCAGACAACCAGGAUGUGGCCUGCGGACUCACGAAGAUAGAACACAGAAUCUGGAAUGUCAAACAAACAUAAAGGCAUUUCAGCAUAAAAUAAAUGACAAGCAAUGAGUGAGUGACGGUGAGGCUGACAAAGCAUUGAUUCGGUUCUUUAGGUAAGAUCUCAAGGUAGUCAUUUUAUAAUAACAGUUUGCCUGGUUUGCCUAGGGCUCAUGUACAUGAACACACAAGCACAAUCAAACACCUCUGUGAAUCGUUAAAUAUAUUUGUUUGUAAAAUAUUAAUAAAACAAAAAACAAA